CGCGCUUUCCAGAACCCCGCUAGGGCCGAGUGUCCCAGGCUUCUCGCUCCGCACCCCGCGCGUCUUCCGCCGCAGCCAGCGGCUUCCUCCUGGCGCGGCCGGGGCGGCGAGCUCUCUAGGCCGGCGCGUCUCUAUGGCUGCAGGGGCGUUAGUUCCGCAGGCUGGCUCAGCACCAUGGCUCAGGCGAAAGAAAAUGUCAGUUUAUUCUUCAAGCUGUACUGCUUGGCAGUGAUGACUCUGGUGGCUGCAGCUUACACCGUGGCUUUAAGAUACACAAGGACAACAGCUAACGAACUCUACUUUUCAACCACAGCCGUGUGCAUCACAGAAGUUAUAAAGCUACUGAUAAGUGUUGGACUCUUGGCUAAAGAAACUGGAAGCUUGGAUAGAUUUAAGGCGUCUUUAAGUGAAAAUGUCCUGGGGAGCCCCAAGGAACUGGUGAAGUUAAGUGUGCCAUCACUGGUGUAUGCUAUUCAGAACAACAUGGCUUUCCUAGCUCUGAGUAACCUGGACGCAGCAGUCUACCAGGUGACCUAUCAACUGAAGAUUCCCUGUACUGCUUUAUGUACCGUUUUAAUGUUAAAUCGAACACUCAGCAAAUUACAGUGGAUUUCGGUUUUUAUGCUGUGUGCGGGGGUCACACUUGUACAAUGGAAACCUGCCCAGGCUACAAAAGUCGUGGUAGAGCAGAACCCAUUAUUAGGCUUCUGUGCCAUAGCUAUUGCCGUCUUGUGCUCUGGGUUUGCAGGAGUUUAUUUUGAAAAAGUUUUAAAGAGUUCAGACACUUCCCUUUGGGUGAGAAACAUUCAGAUGUAUCUGUCUGGGAUCGCUGUGACGUUAGUUGGUGCCUACUUGUCAGACGGAGUUGGAAUUAAAGAAAAAGGAUUUUUCUAUGGUUACACGUAUUAUGUCUGGUUUGUCAUCUUCCUUGCUAGUGUUGGCGGACUCUACACCUCUGUUGUGGUCAAGUACACAGACAACAUCAUGAAAGGCUUCUCCGCAGCUGCGGCAAUUGUUCUUUCUACCAUUGCUUCAGUCAUCCUGUUUGGGUUACAGAUAACACUUUCCUUUGCAAUGGGAGCUCUUCUUGUGUGUGUUUCCAUAUAUCUCUAUGGGUUACCCAGACAAGACACUACAUCUAUUCAACAAGAAGCAACUGCAAAAGAAAGGAUCAUUGGUGUGUGAUUUGAAUCUUAACUGUUCCUAUAACGACUUAACUGUUGAUAAUAAAUUAGAGCCUUAAGUCAGCCCCAGAUGGUAGCUUAAACAGUAUCAAUGGAUUAACUAUGUGACAUAAGAAUCAAGAAGGAAACUGAAUGAGUGAAGUGCUAAAACAGAUUUCAUUUUGAGUAUGUUUGGUAUCAGAAGGAAGGACUUUACUACAAAGUGAGCGAGAGUGUGUGUGUGCGUGAGUGCGUGUGUGUAUGUGUGUAUACUGUGUACAGGGAGCAUUCAGUUGACAUGGUAUCAGAACGUACAUGCGUGUGUGUCUCAUGUACACAGAGCAGAGGUGACAAUACAGGGUCAGAACAUCAGGUGAAACGACAACAUUCAGUUGACAAGGUUAAGACGGUGUCUGAAGGUUCAAGUGCCAAAGCCAUUUCUGUACACACUGUUCUCUUGUUCAGGUAUCGGGAGAGGACGGUGACCCUCCCUUGUCUAGUUCAUGGAUAGUACUUUGUCUAGGUAGCAGUAAAAAGUCUAGCUUCUCUUAUCAAAGUGAAGAAUGAAUACGAUAAGACAGUUGAGAACAUAACUCAGUGUGUAAACAGAAUCUGCUUCAUAGCUCAGACACUUGACUUCUGUCUGGGAACUUCAGUGCUGUAUUUGUGCCAGUCACUGUCUGGUUCAUAUUUCUUUGCUGUUAGCUGAUAUACUUUUCAGAAAAUUUUCUAAGUCGCUUUUAUACUUUCUUUUUUUAUAAAGUAUGGUUACCUGUUGGGCUCUGAAUUUGUGAAUUUUCAGUGAUUUCAGUGAUUUUAAAAUAUUUCUAUAAUGUUAAUGGGGAAAUCCAGCAAUAAAUUUAUUUAUAUCA